GGAGAUGCACAGGUAAAAAAAUUGUUUGAUUUUGCAAUGGACACCCGAACAAGGCGACAGUCACCCAGAUGGAAGCGAUCCCACGAUGAAUACGAUCUGCCUGCCGCUGUCAUUUACGGCAUUGAGCGGCAACCAGUCUCGGGCGCCGGACCAUGCAACGGCAGAUGAAGCACACCCGCAAGUGGACGCGGACGCUGGGGGCUGCGAUGACCUUCGUCGCCAUAACCACCUCCGUACCUACCGUGCACGCUUGCGAGCCGAUCGUCACAAAGGGUGACGAUUGGUGCAUGAACUGCGGUACAACAUGCUUCCCAGUCGCCAACAGCAUGCAUCUUCGCAUAAAUGGCCAAGGUCCGCACGCGAAUCCUCGCGAACAGGACGACCGUAUCGACAUCGCCACCAACAUCUCGACCACGAACGCCCUCACCGACGGCGCAUCGGCUGCUCCAAAGAUCUUGUUCAUUUCCGCUGCGGCCAACAACGACUUCACAUUUGCAUUUGACAUGUUGAAGAACCUCAGGCAGCUUCACACUAUUGCCUUGAAUCGCGUUGUGGUUCACGGAAGCCGAGCACAAGACUUCGCCCCCGACAACAAACUCUCCCACAUCAUUCUUGCCAACUGCAAAACCCCGAACGCGAUUAUGCUCGACUUCACGGAGCUUUCCGAGUUGACCCACGUGGAAAUUCACAACUGCAAUCUCACGGGAGUCCCGCUCUGGUCUACCCAGCCACCACUGCAGACUAUCAAACUUGUCAACGUCGGGCUCACGUCAUUUCCUUCAUUUCCAAACACUGUCGCGCCCACUGCCGUCAUCAACUUGACGCAAAAUGCGUUUAUCGACCUGACUCUGUCGCAGUGCGACACGAUUCGGUCGAGAAACAUCUCCGUCGACGACGAUGUGGCUGCCCAAUGCACUGCGACGUCCCACCGAAUCAUUCCUUCCAUGACGUUGUGCCCUACGACAUUGCCGCCGCCGUCGGGGCCAAAUCCGUGGAGUUUGGUUUUCACAACCAUCGUGGUGGUGGUCAUAGGUGCCCUCGUCGGCGUGUUUGUUUUGCACAGACGGCGAUUGCUGUCGCCGUGGAUGCGAACAUCAGGGGCCGACGAGCUCUUGACGGGAAGCACUCCCAUCAUGGAAGGCACCAGCGGACAGCACGUCGAUGCAAUGCUGCUGUCCAAGGCAAAGGACGAUGUAACAUUGUCCGAGCCGAUCUUGACGCCGUUUCCGCCCCGUUACGGUCGAUCGUACAGCCUGCUGCCCCCGAAGGACAUCAAGCUCGGCCGAGUCUCGAAGGUCCCGGCCGGCCUCCUCACGGCGCAAUACCACAAGACGGCCGUGACGCUGCACCGUCUUGACUACCGAGACCAAGAUCAGGCGUGCUUCGACUCGUUCCUGCAGAAACUCGAAUUCCUCGCGACACUGGUCCAUCCAAAUGUGACGAAGCUGGUGGGCGCGACCAAACUUAGCGGCAUUUCCAUUUGCGCCGUGUUCGACCAUGGCUCGUCCGACCAAGGACUGCCUUCGUUUUUGUUUCAAGUGGCCAACUGCACCCCCGACCUUGUCGUCCACUCCGUGGAGGCUCGCAUGCGCCAACUCGCGGUGGGAGUCGCGAGCGCCGCGGCGUACCUGCACGCGACUACGGACCGACCGCUGGCGCGGCUUCUCACAAGUACUAACGUGUCGGUGCGGAGCUCAGAUGGGUCGGUUCGAUUGAAUACGAUGCCAUGGAUGAACGACCCGCCUUCUCCUCCUCCCGACGACGACUCCAAGCUCUCGUAUGGAAGCUUCGUCAUGGCGACCGUCGCCCCCGAGCUCGUCGCUGAUACGGCGUCGCCGGCUUCCCCUCAAGCGGAUGUGUUUGCUCUCGGCAUCCUCCUGGGUGAAAUCGCCACGUGCGGCCGGCCGUACGCAACGUACUUGACGCAACUUGGCCCGGUCGCGGGAGAUGCCCGCAUCCACGAAAUUUACACAAAUCCGUCCGCGGCCAUUUUGCCUUUCCCGACAUUGCGGGAGGGCCUCGUCGCACAUCUUAUCGCGGCAUGUCUGCAUCGGGACCCAGUCCGGCGACCGACGACCGCAUCAGUCGUAGCGUCUCUUCAUGCGUGUCUAGCGGACAUCGAAGCAACAGACUAAACGGAUGAAAUAUCUAUUGUAUCAAUUGGUUGCU